AAGGUAAAUCAACGGCUGAGAUUCAUUCAAACCAGAGGACACAAAACAUCUCUUCUCUCUCUCCCACUUUUUCUCCCGGAGACAGUUAACGUGAUUCGCCCUUUUCUCUUUGCCCAAGAGCUAUACGACAAUACCUCCACCACACCCCACACACACACACGAGAGACAGAGAGAGAGAGAGAGGAAAUUUGCUACUGAGAGAUACAUUCAGUGAGUGUGUGUCUGUCACCGUGGAGGAGAAACGGAAGGAGGAUAGAUGAAACCGACCGGAGAAGGAGGAGGGGAAGUCGCCGGAGCGGUGGCGGAAGGUUCGGCGUUGUUAAUUGUAGGAGUAAAGCCAGAUGAAUGGAGUAGAGAGGUUCUUACAUGGUCUUUGGUGAAUGUAGCGCGUCCUGGAGAUCGAAUCGUUGCUCUUCAUGUUCUCGAUUAUUCUCUAGAGGGCUCAACGUCGCUUAUUUCGUUGGUUAGGAAUUUUGAUACUAUGCUUGGUGUUUAUGAAAGCUUCUGCAACUUAAAACAGGUAGAUUUGAAGUUGAAGGUUUUCAGAGGGAAGUCAGCUAGGAAAGUUCUUGUACAAGAAGUUAAAUCGUGUGGAGCUACAAGUUUAAUCGUUGGUUCCUCUAGGAAACAUCACACUAUCCGUUCUUCAGCUUCUUUAGCCAAGUAUUGUGCCAGGAAUCUUGCCAAGGAUGUCUCUGUUUUUGCUGUUAAAAGUGGCAAGAUUAUGUUCCGCAGAGUACCUAAUACCAAUGGUGCAGAUGGUCCACAGAUGAAUAUUCCCUCUUUAGUUUGUGGAUCACCAGAUAUUGCUAUUGAAGCGGCAAAGAUUGGAAACAGUUUUAGCCCUGCUAGAACGAGCUCACGCUGGACAAGAACUAGUCGUAGUUCGUCAUUGCAGUCUCCUGACAGCUUAGGUGUAGACAAUUUGUUGGCUUUAGUGCCAGUACAAACAAAUGAGACUGAUUCUGGUUCCCUUGAGUCAGGACCAGGUUGGCAUUUUCUUCGCGGGCUUUACGGUAAUAAUCGAAAAAGCUGGACCAAAGUUUCUGCUAAGAAGGCUGUACUUCAGUGGGUUUCGAGGCUGCGAGGUCGGCAUUCAGAAACUGUAAUCUAUCUGGAUAGGAAACGGAGUGACUCUGGUUGUGAUGAAGAUUGCUCUUCUAGUAUUGAUGGUGAAGAUGUUUCUAUAUCACGGUUUGGUUCUGAGCUUAUGCAGUCACCUCUUUCUCCUUUCAUUGGAUCAAACAACAUUCCAGAAGAGCUGGAAGGUCUACAUGAAAAGUACUCUUCCACAUGUAGAUUAUUCACAUACGAGGAAGUCUUGUCAAUUACCUCAAACUUUGCAUCUGAGAACUUGGUUGGAGAAGGUGGUAAUAGUUAUGUUUAUAGAGGAGAUCUACCAGAUGGCAGGGAAUUAGCUGUCAAAAUAUUGAAACCUUGUCUGGAUGUGUUGAAGGAAUUUAUACUGGAAAUUGAAGUCAUUACCAGUGUACAUCACAAAAAUAUAGUAUCUCUCUUUGGUUUCUGUUUCGAGAAUAAUAAUUUGAUGCUGGUAUACGAUUAUCUACCACGAGGAAGCCUUGAAGAGAACCUUCAUGGCAAUAGAAAGGAUGCAAAGAAAUUUGGCUGGAUGGAGAGAUAUAAGGUGGCAGUGGGUGUUGCCGAGGCGUUAGACUAUCUGCAUAAUACUCAUGAUCCAGAAGUAAUUCACCGGGAUGUCAAAUCUUCUAAUGUUCUUUUGGCAGAUGAUUUUGAGCCACAGCUCUCAGAUUUCGGAUUCGCCAGCUUGGCUUCAAGUACCUCACAGCAUGUAGCGGGUGGGGAUAUUGCCGGGACAUUUGGUUACCUAGCACCAGAGUACUUCAUGCACGGUAAAGUAACCGACAAGAUUGAUGUCUAUGCUUUUGGUGUUGUAUUGCUCGAGCUCAUAUCGGGUAGAAAACCAAUCUGCGUCGACCAGUCUAAAGGCCAGGAGAGCCUUGUCUUGUGGGCAAACCCAAUUCUAGAUAGUGGAAAGUUUGCUCAGUUACUGGAUCCCAGUCUAGAAAAUGAUAACAGUAACGAUCUAAUCGAGAAACUAUUGUUAGCUGCCACGCUAUGCAUCAAACGCACACCUCAUGACCGUCCGCAAAUUGGCCUUGUCCUAAAGAUAUUACAAGGGGAAGAAGAAGCAACAGAGUGGGGAAAGCAACAAGUGAGAGCCUCAGAAGACGUGAGCGCAUAUUUGACAAAUAUAGAAUCACACAUAAACCUCGCAUUGCUUGAUUUGGAAGAUGAUGCAGCUUCUGAUAGCAGCCCUGAAGCUAGUAGUAUCUCUGUUGAGGAAUACUUGAAAGGGCGAUGGAGCCGCACUGCUAGCUUCAACUUCAACUAAUAAUUUUUACUAGUUUAACCCCGAAAAUCCCAAAAUUUGACGAUAUUGUAAGUUGUGUAAAUUGUAAUCGAUUUUCUGAGAUUCUCAAGCUUUAAGUUGUGUCAAUUUAGGAAGAGUGAAUAGCUCUUGUAGAGAGGACUUAAGUUGGAAUUUGUCUUCUUUGUUUUGUCAGAGCAGAAAAUGUUUCAAGUGUUCCACUUUCAUAUCGGUUUUAAAAGUUUAAAAAUGUAUAAGUGUUCCGAUUCGGUUUUAA